AUGAUUCCACAAUGGGUGUCUAUGCUUGCCUCUAUAGGCAUGGCGGUCGGCCCGCCGCUCGUCUACGCGGACCAAGCGUAUUCUAUCGUUCAAAAACAGGAUGCCACGGGGUUUUCGCGUGAUGUUUGUGCUAUACUGCUGCUAGCGAACAUCACUCGAUGUUUCUUCUGGCUCGGAAACCGGUUUGAACUGGCACUACUCAUACAGUCUGUGCUGAUGAUCCUGGCCCAGCUAGCUUUGCUAUAUAUCUGCAUCCGCUACCGUCCGAAGGCGAGUCCGGAGAACGUAGGCGCAUCUUCGCGGCCUUUCUCCUUCUGGCAAUGGCCAAAGUACACCCAGUAUCUUGAAUUCAUUGUGGGAUUUGUAUUAUGCCAAGCUAUCCUGUUCUUGAUCUUUGGACGCUCAGAAUUCUUCAUCACGAUUCUGGGUUUCGUCGCGUUGGGCUUGGAGAGCACGCUGCCCAUACCACAGCUUAUCAGUAAUCACAAGCAAAGAUCACUAUAUGGGUUCAGGAUGUCAACGCUAGUCGGGUGGUUCGGUGGAGAUUCAUUCAAAACUGUGUAUUUCUUCGUGCAGAAUUCUCCCCUGCAGUUCAAAGUCUGCGCGAUCUUCCAGCUAUCGAUAGACUGCGCCAUUGUGGUGCAACGCAUAAUUUUUGGGAAUGCCGUUCCUGCUACGACGUUGAGGGAGGAAGAUGAUAUCGAGCAGGCCUUGGCCUUGGCGGAGGAAUAA